UUGGGUGUCCCGCCUUGCCUCCGUUGUGUGAGGCUCAUUCACGCUUUGGCUUCGAUGGAGGAAACAUCGCCGGUGGGAGAAGGCAGCGUUGAGGAGUAGCAGCCCUGGAACAAAGAGGCCGAGGUGGCUGAUACAGCUCCUAAUUGGGAAAACUACACAAAAUGUUCUCCCGGUUAAGAAUAGCUGCUGCUCCUUGCGCCUUGGGAUGCCGUGCAAUCCAUAGAAAAGAAAAGGGCAAGCUCUUGAUGUUGAACCCCAGAACAAAUAAGGGCAUGGCUUUUACGUUGAAAGAACGGCAAAUGCUUGGGCUCCAAGGACUUCUACCUCCAAAGAUAGAGACGCAAGACAUCCAGGCCUUACGCUUCCAUAAAAACGUGUCCAAAAUGACGGAUCCUUUGGAAAAAUACAUCUAUCUCAUGGGAGUGCAGGAAAGAAAUGAGAAGUUGUUCUACAGGAUAUUGCAAGAUGAUAUCGAGCAGUUAAUGCCAAUUGUUUAUACCCCAACGGUGGGCCUAGCAUGUACCCAAUAUGGACAUAUCUUUAGGAGGCCAAAAGGAUUGUUCAUUGCCAUAACAGAUAGAGGCCAUAUUAGAUCUGUUGUGAACAACUGGCCGGAAAAUGAUGUGAAGGCUGUCGUCGUCACAGAUGGAGAACGGAUCUUGGGUCUUGGCGAUCUGGGUGUGUAUGGAAUGGGAAUUCCUGUCGGCAAACUCUGUUUAUAUACAGCGUGUGCAGGAAUACAUCCCGAUAAGUGCCUGCCAGUGUGUAUUGAUGUCGGCACUGACAAUCAGAUGCUUCUACAAGACCCGUUUUACAUGGGACUCUAUCAGAAACGAGACCGCUCACAUCUCUACGAUGACCUCAUUGAUGAGUUCAUGGAAGCCAUCGUAGGCAGGUAUGGGCAAAACACCCUCAUUCAGUUUGAAGAUUUUGGCAACCAUAACGCUUUCCGCUUCCUAAGGAAAUACAGAGAAAAAUAUUGUACUUUCAAUGAUGAUAUCCAAGGGACAGCUGCUGUGGCCUUAGCUGGAUUGUUGGCAGCACAAAAAGUCACAGGGAAACCCAUCUCAGAGCACCAGAUCUUGUUCCUUGGUGCAGGAGAGGCUGCCCUUGGAAUUGCCAAUCUAAUAGUCAUGGCUAUGAUGGAAAGUGGCCUUUCAGCAGAAGAAGCUUACAAGAAAAUAUGGAUGUUUGACAAAUUCGGCUUAUUGGUUCAGGGACGAGAACAAACUGUGGAUGUCAACCAAGAGCUCUUUACUCACCCAGCUCCGGUCGAGCUGCCAACGAGCUUCUUAGAAGCAGUGAAUGUACUUCAACCUUCUGCCAUCAUUGGGGUUGCAGGUGCUGGGCGCCUCUUUUCUCCCGAUGUGAUCAAAGCGAUGGGCUCAAUCAAUCAGAAACCAAUCAUAUUUGCACUGAGCAAUCCUACUGUAAAAGCAGAAUGCACUGCAGAGGAGGCAUACACAUUAACGGAGGGGCGCUGUCUGUUUGCGAGCGGCAGUCCAUUUGACCAAGUGAAGCUGUGUGAUGGACGGUCCUUCAAACCAGGCCAGGGAAACAAUGCCUACAUCUUUCCAGGUGUUGCCCUUGCCGUUAUUCUCAGCGGAGUUCGACACAUUAGCGACAAAGUCUUCUUGGAGGCUGCAAAGGCUUUGACAGAACAGGUGGGUGAGGAAGAGCUAGCUGAAGGACGGCUUUAUCCCGCACUAUCCAACAUCAAAGAAGUUUCCAUUAACAUCGCUGUUAAAGUUAUGGAGUUUUUAUAUGCCAACCACAUGGCGUUCCAUUACCCUGAGCCUGCAGACAAGAACAAAUAUGUCAGAUCAAGGGUUUGGAGUUAUGAAUAUGACUCCUUUCUACCAGACUUGUACGACUGGCCUGCGUCUGCUUCCUAUUCGCCGAAAACAAGCUGACUUGCCCAAAGGGCACACUGCUCAGGUGUCAUCUGAAAUUCUGCAGGGAACCCUCUUCCAGAACCAUUGUGGAAAACAUCCAAAUCACGAUGAGUUCAGACUUGGGGCAUCUUUUCCUUUUGCUCUAUUCCUUCUUCCCCAAAAUGUUUUUAACCUGGCCACGUAACCAUUGCUACAAGUUGUGGAUUUGUUGCCCCGACGAUUGUCCAGAAGUGAUAGAAAAAAAAUGUCCUUGAUGAAUUAAAUUUAUUUUUGCAGCUUGCACAACA